UAAAUUCACUUAUUUAUUUAUAAGCUGAUAAAGAAAAUUGCAUCUAAGACGAUGAAGACAACUUUUUUGCUCAUGGUUCUUGUUUUUUUGAUAACUUGGCCUUGUUCGAGUGCUCAACCGAUCGAUCCUAACGCAUGUUGGCAGACAAUUAAACACCCACCACAUGAAUGUCUCGAGAGCAUAAAGGGCAUUGUACACGGACAUGUCCAUGAGAUCAAGAAAGAAUGUUGCGAAACCGUAAGCACAAUUUCUGAUUUGUGUUGGCCAAUCAUCUUCCCAAGCAUGCCUUACAUUCGUUUUCUAUUGAAGGGUAUCUGUACAGUCAAAUACUCAUUGCAUUGAAGUGCCAAUUUGAAGAGUAUUUUACUU